AUUAUUCACUACUAAAAAAUCAUUUUAAAGAUAUUUAAGGAUCUACUGAAUGUCUUACUAAAGAAAUGAAAUAAAUUGAAAAGAUCUCACGCGAAUGAAAAUUAUUUGACUUGGACAAAGAUUAAGAUCAUCUUACUGUUAAAACAUUAGUGUCUUUCUAGGGGUCAAUGAGCUUUUACUUUUUGACCCGAGAAACUGCAGGCCGCAUAACUUUUUUCGUCAGUGCUUUUUUGUACGUUACAAACGUCCUUCUGUAUGGUUGUGUUUCGCAUUGUUGUCCUUUCAAUUAACACAAGCAGUGUGCAUUGAGAAAUGGCAGUAGAUCUGGAUCCAAAUGAUCCUGAAACACGACUAUCACAAUUUCUUUAUGUUGGAAAAGAAUAUCCAGAUUAUCAUCCAGGCAAUUGGUUUAAUCAUAAUUAUUUUUUUGCUAAAAAUGUUCCAUCCAUAGAAGAAUUGGCUGAAGAUUUGGAGAAGCAAUUGUUACCAGUUCAAAUAAUCACAAAGGCGUUUGAAAGCAAUCUUGUUCCAAAUCCAGAGACACUGGUAUUUGCUCUUGCUGUUUGCUGUAGGCAAAUGAAAAGUGAGAGUUUACGACAUGCAGCAUAUGCAGCUGUGAAUAAAAUCUGUGCAUUGCCACAAUAUUUCAUUUUGUUUAUAAAAUUCACUUCCAAAAUAAGCAAGCAAAAACAACUGGAUCCAUCUGGUAGUUCAAAACAUGGAUGGGGUCAAGGUUUAAGAAAAGCUACAAAUAACUGGUAUUUAUCCAAGCCUCCAAUGGAACUAGCUAAAUGUGUCACAAGGUACAAAGGCAGAUAUGGUUGGAAGCAUAAAGAUAUUAUAAAGUUGUCACACCCUGUACCCAAUAACCCUGGAGUAGAAGUGGUCCUCAAGUAUGUAGUGCAUGGUUUAGAAGAAAUUGAAAAAAUAUAUGGAGAAGAUUCCCCAUUUACAGAAAUAGUACAAUACAUUAAAAAUGUUGAAGACUUUAAACACUGCACAGAUGAAGUUCGAGCAGCGGGUCUUUUGGAAAUUCAUAAAUUAACAUUGGAUCAUGUACCUGGACAUUUGCUAAAGUCUAAAGAAGUUUGGAAUGCAUUGAUACCGUCAAUGAAUUUAAAAUUACUUUUGACUAAUCUACAAAGAAUUCAUAAUCUUGAAUUACUGAAACCAAACUCAUUGACAGUUUCUAAAGUGAUAGAUCAAAUCACUAACGAAGAAAAUAUUACCAGAGACAAGGUUCACCCAGCUUUAGUAUUAGUUACAAUAAGAGACUACGAAAACUCUGGAAAGUCACUGACUUAUGAGAAACGGAAAAUCAAAGAGCAGUUUAUUAAAUCUUUACCAGCUCCACCUAAACCAAAUUCUAAAAUUAUCGAUGCUCUUUAUAAAAUGUUAAAUCUUUCAUUUCAACACAUCCAACCAACGGGUUUACGUUAUAUGGUAACAAUUAAAAUGAAUAAAGGGAUGUUAGAAACACACACCUGGCGCUCUGGUAAUGUCCUUGGUGCAGAAGCAGGAUGCAUGAUUGCACUUGCACUUCUUCGCAGUGAGGAGAAUGUCACCGUUGCAACAUUUAAAAACGUUGGAGUUCAUAUUGUCAAGAUUGAUAAAACUGCAUCAUUCAACCAAGCUAUGAGGAAAUUACAGCAGACGCCUGUUGGAAAUGUGAAUUUGGGUAAACCAAUGUCGUGGGCUGCACAUCACAAUAAUGAAUAUGACGUAUUCAUUAACGUCGUGGAUCAAGUAUUCGAAAAAUCUGAUAAUUCCAAAGAAUCUCUUCAGGCAUACAGAUUACAACUUAAACUUCCAAAUACAAAAUUAAUAAAUUGUGCUGUAUGUUCUUCUUCAAGUUACCGCAAGGAAAAACGAGACAAUAGUAUCUUAACAGUUAAUGGUUUCGAUGCCAGCGUUCCAGUGAUUAUACAAGCUUUCGCGAAAUCACUCUUUUAAUUGCUGCAUGUAUAGCAAUUAUUUCUUUGGCAACCAGUACUAGCUGAUCAAUUAUUACGCUUUUAAAACGAUAAUAACUCGAUUCACAUCAUUUUUUAUGACAUCGUCAAUUAGUAAAUAUUUUAACUAUUCAAACUAUUACAAU